UAUUCCAGCUUUAUGCGGUUUCGUGUAGUAUCCUGUAGUCCACUCCUGCAAUCCACCCGCCCCCUGUUUCGUCAAACUUCUCAUCUCCCCUUCCCGUCCGCCGCCAUGCCGCCGGCCGGUAGCCUCACCGACGAGCAGCUCCGCUUCUUCGACGCCAAUGGGUACCUCGUGCUGGGGUCGUUCUCCAGCGCGGAGGAGGUGAGGGCGAUGAGGGACCGCAUGGCGGAGCUCGUCGACGGCUUCGACGGCGCUGGCGACGUCUUCUCCACAAAGGAUCACCGGCAGGUGAAGAACGACUUUUUCUUCAAGAGUGCGGAGAAUAUCUCUUUCUUCUUUGAGGAAAAGGCAUUUGGAGAUGAUGGAUGCUUGAAGCAGGCAAAGGAACUUUCAAUCAAUAAAGUUGGGCACGCGUUACAUGAACUUGACCCUGUGUUCAAAAAGUUCUCUUUUGGAGCGAAUGUUUCCAGCCUGUUCUCUUCUUUACGCUACAAGAGACCUGCAGUUAUUCAAUCUAUGUACAUCUUUAAGCAACCAGGCAUUGGUGGCGAGGUGGUACCACACCAGGAUAAUACAUUCCUAUAUACAGACCCUCCAUCGUGCACAGGGCUGUGGCUUGCACUCGAAGAUGCGACAAAAACGAAUGGUUGCCUUUGGGCAAUUCCUGGAUCACAUAAAAAUGGCCUGAAAAGGCGAAUGAUCAGAGAUGAAAUCGAUACUCAUUUUGAUCAUCCUUCGCCAACCUAUGAUCUGAAAGAAUUUGUGCCCUUAGAAGUAAAGUCAGGUGAUUUGGUGGUUAUUCAUGGAGAUCUUAUACACCAGAGCUUUGAAAAUCUUUCUCCGGUGUCAAGACAUGCACUGAGCUUACAUGUAAUUGAUACCGAAGGAUGUGAAUGGUCCAAGCAAAACUGGUUACAAAGGAAAAUCCCACCUCAGCCACUUUAUGAAAAUUAGUUGAAGCAGUUACCUAUAUGUCAAAUAAACGAGUGAUGACCUAGAAGCAAUGGUGAUGAUGCUGAUUACCUAUCCUCGUCGCAAUAAAUCUGCAGUACGAUGUUGAGUAGCUGUGCUUUCUUCUCCCGUCUUCAGACAGUGUAAAUACCUUGCUACUCUGUUUUCAUGGAUGAAUUUUAUGGCAAUAAAUUUGAUGUACGAUGUAGAGUAGCUGUGCUUUUUUCCCCGUCUUCAGACACAAGUCACACAACUACGCUGCUACUCUGUUUCCAGGGGUGAUAUUUAUGCUUAAUAAAAUCUAUCUCCAGUUCUUAAUGUUA